CUCGGCCGCGGUAUCUAUAAAAAGGCCAUUUGUGCAAAUAUUGUCCGAGGACUUAAAUCCAAGUCGGCAGAUAAGUCGAGUGGAGCGGCCCCGAGAGAGAGAGGGUAGCCGGCGCCAUAUUGGCAAAGAGUCUCGAUGACGUCGAUAUUCCCUCCGGUUUGAAAAAAUAUCCAGUACGCGGCGGAAUUGUCCCGUUCGCGGGAAUUCACCCCGAGGAGCUUUCAUCGGAAAAGCCUGCCCCGCGAAUUACGCCGGUUUCGGGACUCGUAGUGUCGACGCUUCAUCUUCUCAUGGUUUUCCGAAGCAAGUACAGCUGCAAGAACCACAAACGCGUCGCGAUGGAGCACGCGGACCUGGUGGCGGAGAUGGCGCAGGUCGAGCGGCUGGCCACGCAGGACAGACUGCACCUGGCUCGGCACCGGAGGCUGCAGCAGCUCAAGGUCUGGCGGCACCGCGAGAAGGAAUGGCUGCGCCACCAGACCAGGCACUCCAGCAACAAGCGGCACAUCUACUUCAGCGACAGCGUCAUGCUGCUCGAGGCGGCCGCCAGGGACGACAUCGACGAGGUUCGGAGACUUCUGAAGAAGGGCGUCAAUCCGGACUCCACGAACGAAGACGGGCUGACCGCGUUGCACCAGUGCUGCAUCGACGACAACGAGGAGAUGAUGAAGUUGCUGGUGGAAUUCGGAGCCGACGUCAACGCGGAGGACAGCGAGAAGUGGACGCCGCUGCAUGCCGCUGCCACCUGCGGGCAUCUGCAUCUGGUGCGGUACCUCAUAGCCCGGGGAGCCAACCUCCUGGCCGUCAACGCCGAUGGGAACAUGCCCUACGACAUCUGCGACGACGAGAAAACCCUGGACUGCAUCGAGGGUGAAAUGGCGCGGCGAGGGGUCACCCAAGAAUUGAUAGACGAGACGAGGGCUUCCACGGAGGUUCAGAUGUUGCGGGACCUCCAAAAAAUGGCCUCUGUGGGUGAAGAUCUCGAGUACAAGGAUCAUCAAGGUGCUACACCGUUACACAUAGCUGCGGCAAAUGGUUACUUAAGGGUAGUAGAGUUCCUUCUGGACCAACAUGUCUCGAUAGACGUCGAAGACAACGACAAGUGGCAGCCGGUUCAUGCGGCUGCUUGUUGGGGCCACUUGGAGGUUCUCGAGCUACUGGUGCAAAAUGGUGCUGAUCUUAACGCGAAGAAUAAACACGACGAAACUCCGGCCGAUAUCUGCGAGGAUCCCGAAAUCAGGGAACGCAUAGUGGAAUUGAAGACGGAGCAGGAGAGCAAACGACUGAGAGAAGCCCAAGGCAGGAGAGUACGCAGAUCACAAAGCAUAAACACGCGUACGCAGAGCGUCCGGCGUACCUCGAUUCGCGACAAGGUACUCACUACGAAGAAGGACGCACAAGAGGAAGCCCGGCUGAGGUUACAGGCUCAACAGACGUACAUCGGAAGCAUCGCCGUGUCGGAAAACACGACGAACGUCCGCGACGGAGCGACGGAGGAAACGGAUUCCGCGGCUCUGACCCCGGCGGUGCGCAGAGGCCCCGAGGGGAAGGACAACGACUCCUUUAUGCCCGAGGACGUCGACAAGGACUCAGUCGCAGGGCCCGACCCUCCUAUCGGUAGCCAGCAGCCGAUUUGCACGGCAGACACCGAUGUUAACGGCAAGAUCAACAUACACGUGUCUGUAGUGUUCGUCAAGUCCUUGUCGGACCUGAAGAAGCAGAGGGCCCAGAACCGACACACGCCCACCAACAGCGUCGACGCCAACGGGAACGGACUCCCCGUCCCCGUCCACGUCCCCGUCCCCGUCACCGCCUCCGUCUCCGACGCCGACCUCACCGUCGGAGACUUCCAGCGGUUCACGGGCAACACCAGCGACACCGUGGGAGACACCCACUCGGAAAAGAACUGUUGCUCCCUCAUGUGAGGCGCCGAGGGCUCUCUUCCACGGCGGGCCGAUUUGGGCCGGUGGCGGUCGGGCGUCCGGUUAAACGAGUACAAGGUACGCAGCCACGCCAUUUUGGGAUCCUACGAGGUCGCUGCUCUCCGUAGACGUUAGAAGUGGCCUAUUUUUCUCCCGGAGACGACCGAUCGCCGAUUGGUCCUUUCUCGUUACGACUACAAAUGGCCUACGUUUCUCGUCACCCGUGGCGUCUGGAAGAGUUUCGUUUGCUUCGAGCACCUCGUCGUGCUCGCGAUGGUCUUUCGAGGUUACGUCUAACCACGGUCUCGUACACGGGUCUGGAAGCUUCAGGAAAUUACCGUGAUCGGGGGCGAUCACCUUUUCGCGCGUUCCUAUCAGUGGUUCUCUUUCGAAGCUGGAUAUCGCCGCUCGCGAGAAGGUUUCGUUCGACGUGACCUCGAAAAAGACCUCGGGAAAGUCCCGAAUAAACGUUGCUGGCCCGUGUAUACCGACGUUCGGCGACGGUGGCUUUCGAACCCGACUGUAGGUAGGUCGGUAGGUAGGCGCGAUGGUUCUCGAAGAUUAUACAGUGCGCGCGUAAACGUAAGUGCCGUAUAUGCAUUUAUGCGCGUAAAAGGGAAAAGUACUACCUUCGACCUUUCGACUAGGUUGUGAUGGACGAAUCGUACUUGAGGUUAGCGGCAAUAGUCAAGUCUUGUAGCUCGUUAAGCGUCGAUCCGACAACGGUGCAUUCUGCAGGCCAAAACGCGAAGCGUCCCCCCUGCCCAGCAAACGCGGUUAUAUAGCGUCAUCGUUAAUAAGCGCCGAGAUGUGCCGAUUUUGUGCGCAAAUCGGAAGCAGGUAUCGACUUCCCCUCCGGAAGCGAGCGUUAUUCGUGACGAAGGCAGCGCGGCGCGUGUCGUUGUCUUCCGGCGGUACUUUUCUCGCUUUCGUUCCGCUGGUUUGUAAAUAUUAUUUUGUAAAGCGUCGAGGUGGAGUGGCGCCCGGAAUGAAAAUGUAAUAUAGCCGAGGGGGGGGAUUCGGAAAGCCAUCCUUUGACCGUGCGAGCUUACCGGUAGUUUCGCGAUGCUUUUCAAACACGACGCGAGAACGAAACGAGAGAAAUGCCAGAACUCCGUGCGCGUCGUCGUUUCAUGUCGAUUUCGUACAAACGGAGGUAUUUGCGUGACGUCACCGACUCGUACAUUUCCAUGAAAUGGAUUUCGUUAAGUCGCCCUCUACUCCGAGGCCGCCUACUUACCAUGUAACGUUUAUUUCUGCGCCAACUCGAGAUCGUUCCGGAGCCGCUACCGUCGAGACGUAUAACCGGGACCAACCGGGACCCGGGGUGUUUGCUGGGCGUAAAUCAUAAUUGGUGGUUACAUCGCGCAUUAGUUUGUACGUAGAAUUGUGAUUUCCCGAGCCGUCGUUUAUCGAUUUCCGAUAAUUUACAGUAGGUA